AUGCGUUUCACUUCUGUUGUUUCCGCAGUGGUUUUGGCUGGUGCUGCUACCGCUGCCAUGCCUGCGCAGGAAGUGACCACCAACAUCGACAAGAUCACCGAGUUGUCAUCUCAGACCAACGAUAUUGCUGAGAAAAUUGGUGUUACCAAUUUCUUCUCUACUGCUCCUCAAGUCGUGAACAACUUCAAGGAUAUUAUCGAGACUGCCACUAAAGAUAUUGCCGCUAUGAAGAAAUCCGACAAGAGAUCUCUCAAGGCCCGUCAAGAAUGCUUGAACCUGACCAACCCCGAGCAAUGUCUUAAUGACCUCGAGGACAUCGUGGAAGACCCUAGUGAGAUCCUGGGAUCUAAGAAGAAGCGCCAAGAUCCCGGCUACAGUGAUUCUGACCAAAAUGCUAUCUGCACUUCCUUCCGUGGAUUUGUGCAGGUUCACCAGCAACUUCUGUCUACUGUGAUCGGCAAGCAUGGUAUUCUCAGCUUGACCCCUUUCACCAAGCCAAUUGCUGCUGUCCUUGAGCAACUGGAAGGUGGUGUUGAUACCCUCGCUUUCCUUAUUAUCGAUAGUGUGCCCACUUGUGCCGAGGAUGCCACUUCCAACAAGAAUAUGCUGGAUAAGUCCCUUGAGAAGGCCCAGGACACCUACAAAGACUAG